AUGUCGACAAUUAUCAACGGGACUUCACUGUGGGAUUCCAUGGGUCUGUCAACAGACGCUACUACAUGGUACUCUUCUUUGGCAAUCUUCAUUCAAGGGAUCGUCCUGGCCUGUGUCCUAAGUAAGACGAUCCAAUAUUUCGAUCGGUAUGAUAAAUUGAGAGAUCACAUGGGGACGAUGGUACUUGUAAGCUGUGGAAGUGCGAUAUCUCUAGGCAUUCUGAUAUUGACUUGUAGUCAGACCCGUGUGAUGGUAUAUAAACGUAAAAUCGAUGCACCGUCUUCGAUCCGGUUUUUGCUUUUAAGCGAUAUGGUCAUUCUUUUCUUUAGUGGUUUCUUCAGCUUUACCACGGGUAUAUAUUACGCUUGGAGAUGUUAUGUAAUGACCAAGAGGAACCGAUCGAUACUUGGUGUUCUAAUUGUAGCUCUACUAGCUCAAUUCAUCGUUACUCUGGUUACGGCUGCACACGGAUUCACUCUACGUUCGCUAACCUCCGAAUAUCUCGCGACAUUACCUGCGUUUAAGGAUAAAGGGAAUCAUCUCCAUAAAAUUUGGUCAGGUAUUACUUUAGCAUUGAACCUGUCAAUGUCAAUCCUUCUAUCUUUUUUGAUUUUUAAGAAGAAAGAUGGGAUAUAUCAUUAUGAUCCCAGAACAUGGCAUAAGUAUUUUUCCGUCACUUAUGAGACCAUGUUACCACCUACGUUGUGCUCGUUGUUGUUAAUUUCACUAGGUAAUUUACCGGGAUCACCAAUGACCGACAUGAGAAGAGUAUUUACCUCGAUCCUUCCUUUACUAUACUACAACUCUUUCAUCCAGUCCUUGGUGGGCAGACAACAAAUUCGAAGUGUGAUAGACACCAAAUCCAUGUAUGAUAGUGGAUCACCACUUGGGAGUAACGGUAAUGGAGACAAGGGUUCCUCGUAUCAGCCUGGAAGUGGACAGUUCAUGUUUAAUGCGAUUAAGAAUAAGAGUGAUCCGAGGGUUUAUGUCAAUUCACCUAAGAGGUCGUAUUGA